UGAUGAGAUGAAGGAUGAGGAGGCACUAGAAAAAGAGGAGGAGGAAAAAGAGAGGGAUCUCCUGGAGAAGGAGAAGGAGGAGGAGAGGAGGGAGUCGGACAAGGAGCUACACUACGACCACAGUAAAAGGGAUCUGGGGAUACAGCAGGGGGUAGACAAGUUGAACAGGCAAGAUGGCAUGGAAACUGCCGUGAAGAAACCUGCCCUUCCUUUCUACUGCAGCAUACCUAUUAUAUCAAGCUUAUGUGAAAGUGAAGGAAGCGAAGCAGCCAUUCUCAUCGUUCUUGCCACGAUAUUCGUGGCUGGCCUUGUAGCCGUGGUCUUCUUCAUGAGCCCCAAUUCUGAUACCACUUUGAAAGGUGGUGCUGGACCUCGUGAGAUCGUUGCUAAGUCUGAUCCAAAGGUUAUGGAGAGUUUGAAGGAGCAUACCAAGAAUCAGAAGCAGCUUGCGGGAAAUAUUGACGAUGUGACGAGUAAGCUAGUGGAACUGGCAUCCGAGAUACAAGAUAUAAAAUCAGAGAACAAAUCCUACAAAGAGGAACUGAAAUCCACCCAAAACAAACUAACAGGAUCUCUGGAGAAAACAAUAACUUUGGAGCGAGACGUUAGAGACCUAAAGAGUGAGCUGGACAAACAAACUAGAUACAACGCUGGUUUCGAAGAGUUAGAAAAGACCCUGAAAAAGCAGAUAAGAGACCUAGAGGUAAAACAUGAAACCUCUCAAGAUAUCAUCAAGACUCAGGAGUUCACAGCUAGUUCUACCUCCGACCAAAUUGCGGAGCUACAAUCUCAGCUUGAGCUUACUAUCGAGGACCGGAACACAACACGUGAAGAGCUUGAGUCUGUCAUGUUGCAGGUUGAGAAGCUCACCACGGAGCUGGAGAGCACAGUGGAGAAGCUGGAGACGACCCAGGACCUGCUCGAGCAAGCCCAGAGUGACACGGAGGCCUGGACUGUUCGGGUUCAGAUACUCUCACUCGAACUCGGAGAAGCGAAUAGUGGGAUAGCAGAUCUGGAAGAAGAACUGGUAACCAAGUCACGUGAUGUUGAUGUUAUCAGAGAGUGCCUGGUUGAUCUUCGUGCACAGACAGAAGAAGAUGAGGAGCUAGACUUCGCCUCUCACUUCAAGGACAUGAUAGAUGUGAGCACUGUAAAGAGUGAAAACGAGCGGCUUCUGGAGACGAACAGGGACUUGGCUGAGGAAUUCGAAAAGUUAAAAGAAGACUGUGACGUGUAUGAAGAACGAGUUCAAGAAGUGGACGAUGAACUAGAACAGCUGAAAAACGAAAAAGAGGAGGAAAUAGCGAAGAGAGUGGAAUAUGCCACUAAAUAUGAUACUCUGUCGACUUACUUCAAAGAGAAGGAGGACGGUCUCCACUGCAGAUUGUCUGAGUUGCAGGUAAAAUGUAAGCAGUUGGAAGAGGAAAGCAGUGAAGCGAACAUCUUAUUCUACAAAGAAGAACUGUCCCGACUGAAGAAAUCCCACGCCGAGGUUGAGAGAAAUCUCACUCUGCAAAUACAGACAAACGAACGUAAAGCAAAGGACGCCUUCACUCAGCUCAGAUCCAAGGAUACUAAGUUGAAAGAAUCGCAGGAGUUAGUGAGAAAACUCAAGAAAUCAAACGGCAGCACCACUGUUAUCCCGGAAGAAGGUCCGGUACCUGGUCCCCCCUUUAUAGACUUUCCUCCUCAUCUCCGGAAAACUGGGCCUCCUGACUCUCCGUCAGAAAGCAGUUUAACAUCCGCGGAGGACCUUGAAAAUAGAAGAUUGGAGAGGAAAAUGGAUUUGGAUAAGAUAAAAGACCACUUUCCUCCGGACAUGCGAUCGUACGAUGACGGGAGGUACGUGCCCCGACCGUACUCAGACGAGAUGUACCGUGACCCCCGAGAUAUGGUCUACAGGGACUACCCCCACCCUCCCUUCGACCCCCGAGUCCUGGACAGGUCCCGUCCUUCCUCCGUGGGACGAGAAGAUCGCAUCCCUCCAGCCAUGUAUCAUGGACCACCUAGAGACUUGCCAUCUCGGGACUUUCCUCCCGGCGGCAUGGACUUACCUCCGAGAGACAUGCCCCCAAGGGAUUUACCUCACAGGGACUUGCCUCCAAGGGAUAUGCCGCCAAGGGAUAUGCCGCCAAGGGAUUUACCUCUCAGGGACUUGCCUCCAAGGGAUAUGCCGCCAAGGGAUAUGCCGCCAAGAGAUAUGCCUCCAAGGGAUAUGCCUCCAAGGGACCUCACCCCAAGGGACUUACCGCCUCGUGAUUUCUUGCCACCGCGAGACAAUGGAAGUGCACUGCCUCCAAGGGGUGCGAUGCUGCCUCCACGCGAAGUUCCCAGACCCCCGUCCCGGGACGGCAGUUUGCCACCGCCCACAAUACCUUUCAGAAACUCUGGUGGUAGGGCAGACAGUGGGGACCUGAACAGGUCCGGGAGUAACAGUAAUUUAAAUAAAGUUAAUAGUGGCAGUAAUCUCAGUUUAGGGAUUUGAUUUUAGAUUUGAAGUUAUAUGUGUGCGGGGGUAUAGUUCGAAAUCCAAAUUUAUUUUAUUUGUUAGGAAUUCAAC